AUGUACUCGCAAGGCUUUGGAGGAGGUGAGUUGAGAGAAAGGCAAAAUAUUGCUUCAUCUUCAUCAGGUAUUGCUCCUCAUCUUCAAAAUAGUGGAUUUGAUGAUGUAAAUUUAUUUGAUCAUCGUACCAAUGCCGGAUCUAAUUAUUCAGCAACUUAUCAACAAGAUUAUCAACAACAACAACAAUAUACUCAACAACAACAAAUUCACACCUUUAUGAAUGAAAAGUUUCAAAACGGAUCUUUCCUCUACAAUAAGAGAAUUGUUCCAAUCUUGUUUUUAAGUAUGAUCCCUGUUUUUGCUUUGGCUGGUAAAUACAGUCUUUUCAUUCUUACAAUGGGCUUGAUCGCCAUGUAUACCUUGGAUUUCCUUGAACAAAAGGCUUAUGCUUUCUUGAUUUUCUGGGUUUCAAUGUGUUUAUUCUGGGCUAGUAUUUAUACCACAAGCAUCUCUUUGCUUUUUGUAUCUGUUUUCAACAUAUUUAUAUUACUUAAUGGAAGUUUAUUUGUUCUAGUUCUUGGUUUUUGGGCAUCACUUCAAUCGGAAUGGUUCAAGACAUUCUCCCAUGAUUUAGUUUUCCUUGCUGAAAGACUUGUCUUUGCUGGAUUACCAAUUAUUAGUAUUCCUUUGGUUAUUUCAAUGGUGGUUGGUCUUGUUGGUAUUGGUAAUGCACCAUUCUAUUUGGUUGGCGUUUUGUGUGUCUAUGUACACUUGUUUGGAAAGAGAGAAGUUUCAUCUUUCUGCAAGACUAGAUAUAUUCAAAAUCCACUUGAAUCAAGAAUUUUGAUUGCUUUACUUUUCCUUCUUCCUCCAAUUUUCCACGGUGUAGUCUAUCAUAAUGUUAUCUUUGAUGAUUUCUUAACAAGCACUUACUCUAUGAACGCCUAUGUUGCUCUUUCUGUGCUUUUUAUUUCAUCUGAUCCAGCUGCUUAUUUAUGGGCUUUCACUGAUGCCUCUAAUGAAAUUUCUGUUACUCAAACAAAGAAGGGAAUCAACUUGAAGACUGAAAGCCAAAACAGCUUUAGAUAUAUUGUUCAACUCGUUUCAAUUGUUUUGCUUAACAUUUGGGUUGAAUUUAAAGUUGUUUUACCUAGAUAUCACCACCUUAUUCCACUUUCCAGCCCAUGGGACACUAUCUUUGUUUUCCUUGUUUUGAACGGUUUGGCUAACUUUAUUCUUUUAUUGAUCUAUAACCAAAAUUUUGUUGGUGGAAAUAAUAAUAGUAGUGUAUCAAGAACAGCCCUUUCCCUUUUCAUGAUUGGAUCUUCAUUCUUUGGUGGUAUUAUUAUUGGACUUCCAUUUUAUUUGAUUCCUUUACCAGUUAUUGGAUUGUACUUUGCUGCUGGUUACUUGUUUACCAGAAAGUUGUACCAAUAUUUCAUUUUCGUUGGAUCAGUCUUUAUUUGUGCUGUUUGGUUUGUUGUGCACCACUUCUGGUUCUUGAACUUUGAAUUUAUUUGUUCAUUCUUGCCAUUCGAUUGGUCACUUAGAAUGAGCCAUGCUACUGUCUUGAUGGUUUUAUUUGGAGCAGCAUCCUUGCUUACAGUUCCAUUCAUUCUUCCAGACAAGUCUGAUUCCAAGAAUAUUGGUUCAGGUACUAACAAGGUUGAUUACUCACUUUCUCGUAACAUUGCCCUCGUUGUCCAAGUUUUAUUGUUGGCUUUACUUGAACAAUUACUCUAUGAACAACCUGAAGGUUUCUACUCACCAACUCUUAUCAUGUUGACAACAGGUAUUGGUAUUGUUUUCUCAAAGAGACUUUAUGAACUCAAACUUAUUUCCAUUGAUGUGGUUUCAUUCUUGGUUGCCCUUUACAUUUCAAAGAUGGCCAUCAUGCUUACUCAAGAUGGUGUUCAUGGUACUUUCAUCUCUGCAUUCUUUACUACUGUUGCUAUGACCAGAAUUUACUUUGCCUCAUUGACUGGUGAUAGUGAAAAGAUGUUUAAGGAAUCUGCUGUUUGCAAAUUCUACAUUUUGGCUUGUGGUAUCACAUUGUAUCUCACUCGUCACGUCUUGCUUAGAACCCUUGUUACAAGCUUUAUUGAUAGUAGAUUCUAUGAUAUGAAUGAGGCUCACUUGUUUGGCUUCUUCUGUUUGGCUUGGGGUGUUGCUAUUUUGCCACUUUCUAUUAACUUUAUGAGACAUAGCUCAUUUGUUAAGCGUUUCACCGUUUUCCUCAUCCUUAUUGGUUUGGUUAUUUCUAUCCUCCAACCAAGUGUUGCUUUCUUCUCAUUCAGUGACAUUUCUAGUACAUCUUUGACUGGAACUGCUGGUAUUGCUGGUGACUUUGCUUCUCUUGGAAGUAUCUCUGAGUCCAUUUCCGAUUAUGUUCCAUGGGUUGUUAUCAUUACUGUCAUUAUUUUGUUCAGUUUAGAUAUUAUUUCACUUGGAGAAAAAUCUAAUCCAAUGGUUAGAAUUAUUUUCUUUGCUUUGGUUGCUAUUGGAUUUUCUAUUAGUUACUCUGGACUCUAUCUCUAUUAUACUAGAAUUUGGACACAUGUCUUUGUUCUUAUUACAUUGGUAAUUGCAUCCUUGGUAAUUUAUUCUACACAUUUCCCAAUCAAUCACUCAUACAAGGCAUCAUUGACUCUCUUUGCCAUGUUUAUUAUUUCACUCCCAAUUACCUACUUGGCUAUCACUAUUGACGAAGAAUCAUUGAAGCAAAAGAACUCUUUCCUCAGUAAGGAAGGUCUUCAUCCAAGCACAUACACCUUUGUUAUCAGUGAGCUCACAAAGAGCGCUAGAAUUGCUGUUUUAGGUCUUCAUUGUGCUUUGAGUGCUCUCAUUGCUAUUUUGAUCAAAUUCAAGCUUAUUGGAUAUCCACUCAUUAGAGUUAGAAAGUCCAACAAGGUAUUGAAUGUUGUCACUGAAGGUAAUAACGAAUUUGCUACUCAAACCAUUGAUCCAUAUCUUUCUGUUCCUGGUUCUGAUGAAUUAUCAGUUGUUAACAAUGGUGCUGCUGUAACCUGUUUUGUUUUGUGCAUUACCCUCACAACUUGGUUGAACCCAGAUAGAUAUGAAGCUUACUUGCUCUUCUGUUGUAUCUUCUUAUUAUUGAAUAGAGAUAGUUUAUACUUGUCUGAAUUCAAGGAUAGUUUCAGAUUCAUCUUUGUCUUGUUGGCUAUGGAAGUGUGUAUGGCCAUGUUCUUCAUGAUUGAUACCAUUCUCUUCUUUAGUACUUCUGCCACCUCAAGCACUAUUACAUUUGAUACAAUGAUUUCACAAUACUCUCUCAAGUUCCUCCUUUUGAUUCUUACUUUACCAAGUCACACCCUCUUUGUGAGAUUCUUAUUGAGAUUGAACAAGCCAAACUUGAAGCCAAUUUUGAUUUCCCUUCCUUUCAGUAUCUUGUCAGCUGUUUUGACAGUCAUGUUUUCAUUGUAUUUGGAUAGCUUCUAUAGUUUAAUUUAUAUUACUAUCAGUGCUGUUGGUGCCUCAAUACUGCAAGCCAUGAUUUCAGCUCAAUAUGUCAGAGAACAAAUUAUCCUUCUUUAA